UUUUUGUUGUUACAUAAACAUUAUUAUUAUUAAUUUUUAAGGGCGUUUUAAUGGCUCAGGUCAUUUCACGCCUUACAUCCAAAUUUAACUGUCAGUAAGUGAAUAACAACAAAACAGUAGCGGUGUCAUACGGUGCAAACCAUAUUUAGGCACUACUAAUUACAAUUAAUGUUUAGUUAAAAAUGAAAAACAAUAAAAUUGAAAGAACAUUAUUUUUAUGAAUUUCCUGUUUAAAGUAAGGAAUGUUAAUGUUAAUUUAGUUCCAGAUGUCAAAAUGUAGCUUCAACAAAAAAAUAUAAUUUCUGGUGCAUUAAUUUAAAUUUAUAAAUAAGGGUUGGCUUUUAUAGCCAAUUAAACUCUAAAGACCUUAACUUUUCUAACUAAUUUUGGGGAAAAUCAUUUGAAAUACAAUUUUUCCUAUUAAUUUACAACUGGACAUUUGAAACAUUAGAAUAAAAACACAUGCAAGAGUUUAAUAAUUAUUAGGUUAUUUUGUUGAGUUUUUUUUUAUGGAUAAAUAUAGUUUCUAUUUGUUUUAUAUUGAGUAUAUACCAUUUUUCUCUUUCUGGGCCCCAUGUCAACUGUAAACAGUUCCGGUGAGGACUUCAGAUUUUCAUGUAUAUCUGACAAUGAGUUCAAUGAGAUUUACAAGCAAGUCAAGCGUGAGCGGCAGCGCAAGCAGGAGGCUAAGGAUUGGGAGAAGUUCCUAACAAAAAAACAACAGGCACAGCUGAAAAAUGACAAGUGUUGUCAAUCACUUGUGUUGAUUCAAGACGAAAAGUUGGAAAUAUCAACUCAAACAGAAUAUAAUCAGAUGAAAGAUAAGAACGUACUUGCAAACUUUGAAAGGAAAUCCCAUAAUAUACAUAAAAAGCCUGAAGGCCUGCAUGGGAAAAUGAGUGUGCCAAUAAGUGGAAUGGAACAGCCUAUAAGUAACGAUAUUCUAGAUAUUAAAGAAAAAGAAGUAGUUAUUCUGAGGAGAACCAAAUCCUCCCCAAUUCAAAAGGAAAGAGAUGAGAAAGCCCUUGCUAACGCCGAAUUGAAGAAUUUGAUCAAAAAGUUUGACGACCUGAGAAGGAAGAUAGUCCUCACUGUUAACGGAAUUGAACAGGCCUUGAACGAUGAACCCUUGGACAUCAGUCGGGAGGAAGUUGACAUUUUGAGAAGCAAAAAGAGAAACUCAGCUUUCACAUCAAGGUUCAAAGGCAAUUAUCACUAUCAGUUGGUUUGCCAGAUUAACGACAUUAAGAAAAUACUGUCAAAUGAGACAAUCUUGAAGACAAGACCUAUUAUAAUCAUGCAAAAAUUUGUGUCCGCACACCAAAACGUCCUUCAAGCUCUUCAAGCACUGGAGAAGCAUUUACUUGCUUCUUGUUCUAGUGAAGAGUCUUUCCGUUGGUUGAAAGAAUUUAUCGAAUCCAUUUCUGAGUUAACCUCCAUGUUACCGAACUACGAUGGAAUCAAUAUUGACACAAUGGAUAACCACAGUAAUGUCAAUCUAGCUUGUCAUCAGUUGAUGGAUAAGAUAGACCGUCUAAAUGAUAGAAGAGAGGCGGAGGCGAAGAUGUUAAAGAAAAGGGCAUCCAGGAAGAUCAAGUCGGGCAAUGCGCCGCAGGAUAACCUCUGGAUGUACCGAACCCAUAGGCUGACCUGGAAAGAGAAAGCCGCAGAUUUGGCCAAAUUUCAAAUAGCAAGGCGGAAGAGGAAGAAAGGUGCCAGGGACGAGCUCCUCUGUGAGAAAACUGCAGAACCGUCAGAACUCAAACUGCUCAAGAUGGAGGUCAAGCAGAGGGAAGGGUCUGAGCUAAGAAGACACAGCAGGUCAGUGAGAGAGGAACAAGUGCGAACAAUGAUGGAAAUCAUUCCAGAAGAAUCAGAGAGUGACGUGGAAAUUAAAAAAAAUGUGAAGUGUGAUUUGAUUACAGAAGAAUCUAUGAAACAAGAUACUGAGCCUGCUAAAGCCAAGCUCCAAGAGUUGAUAGACUGCCGGAAUGCUGUAAUGCUGGCGGCUAAAACCGAAGAGCAGAAAAAAGAAGAGAUAGUAGAGCAAAAGAGCGAGUUUCCCUCCAAUGUCAAAUUGGUCUACAUCAAGUGUGAGAAUGAGGACAUAAAGCCAUCGAGGCAGUUCAAACUUUCUAGACCUUCCUCUCCUAUUUCAGAGUCAAACAAACUUUUCCAAUUGGAGAACAGAGAUGUGGUGUGUGAUUACCGUACGGCAUUCAAGAGUUUCAAGUCUCAAAGUGUGUGGUAUGAUGAAAAUGUGAAUAAUAUGGUUAACAGUAUUACAACACGGCUGACAGACGAAAUAAUUAAAGAUGUUGUUAAAGAGAUUAAUGUGGAUCAUAUCAUAAGAAAAAUUAUCGAUUUGGAACUCCAAGAACUAUAACAGUUGUAAAUGAUUAUUUUCUAAAUAAAUUUUAGACAUUA